AUGCUGCUGAGGUUGCUGUGUGUCGGCGUCAGGCGCUCAGUGCUGCUUGGCGCAGUGAUCGGUGUGUGUGUCGGCAGCAGCAGGGCGAUGUGUGCUAAGGUGGAUGACUGGAAGACGGCCAAGACUAUUUAUGAAUUUUCUGCUACAGACAUUGAUGGCAAUGCAGUGUCACUGGAGAAAUAUAGGGGAGAUGUCUGCAUCAUCGUCAACGUAGCAUCUAAAUGAGGAAAAACACCUGUAAACUACACUCAGCUUGUCAACCUGCACGCCAAAUAUGCUGAGAGGGGUUUACGCAUCCUCGGGUUUCCCUGCAACCAGUUUGGAAAACAGGAACCUGGGGAUGAAGCUCAAAUAAAAGACUUUGCUGCAUCCUACAAGGUAAAAUUCGACAUGUUCAGCAAGAUUGAGGUCAAUGGAGAUGGUGCCCAUCCUCUGUGGAAAUGGAUGAAGGAUCAACCUAAAGGACACGGUACUCUUGGGAAUGCUAUUAAGUGGAACUUUACCAAGUUCCUUAUUAAUCGGGAGGGUAUUGUUGUUAACAGAUACAGCCCCAUGGACGAUCCAAUUGUCAUAGAGAAAGAUCUACCCAACUUCCUUUAGGAUGCUCCAUUUACCCAGUGUCUUGACAGUUGACUGCAGUCUUCUAUCCCUAUAAUGAUGGUAUGCUUCAAAACCGCAAGGGGGAGGCAAACCUGAUUGUGUUAUGGCGUGCACACCUGGGAGGAGAUUGUACUUUGCUGCCAGGAUCUGAACUGUGGACCAAGAAAUCAUGCGAACAUUAAACCAGAAUUACACUACUUUCUUUGUGUAUCAUUAAUCCUUUGAGACCAGUAAAGCAGAGAAGUAAUGGCACACUCUUAAUAGAACCAUAUUCUUUUCUUUUAACACCUAUUUUGCACUAGUUUAAAGGUUGAACUGCAUUCAAGUAUUUGCUAAAUUAAAAAAAAAUAUGCUAGUUCCAA